GGCGGCGGGAGGCAGGGAGGAGGGGGAUCCUCCUCGCUGCUCUCCCAAGUCGGAGCGGAGCCGCCUCGGGCCGGGCUGAGGGCUGCGUGGCGGCUGCGGGGCCGGGCCAGGAUGCGGGGCUCCCGGGAUCGCGCCGGGCGGGGCAGGCGGCGGCGGCGGGCGGCGGGCGGGAGCUGUCCGCGGUGCUGAAGCGGCGGCGGCUGCGGCGGCGGCAGGGACCCGGGGCCGGGAGCAGAGGCACCCUCCUGGGAUUUCCAUCGCGGCCGCAAGGCGGGGGCGCCGUCGUUCACCGGCCCAUGCUGGGCCCCCGAGCCCCGCGGAGGAGGCGGGACCGUCCUCGGCGGGACAGGUCCUUUGACAAUUCUCAAGUCUCCCUCCAGCCCUGACCAUGACCCAGGGUUUCAACUGCAUACAUCUAAUUGCCAGGCUAGACGAAUGAGCCAGCUCUGUGGGGUAAGUCCUGCUGCUGCGCCCACUGUGUGGACAAAGAAAAGGACACCUGAGAAGAGAAGGAGCCAGCAAAAGGUCGCACAGCUGGCUGAUGCCACAGGCAGGGUCUGGAAGCCUGUGUUCUUAAACAUUUCCGGCCGCGCACCGCACACCCAGGUCUCAGCGUCUGUCUGUCUUGCUCACCCAGCAGGCUCUCUGAAGACGGCUCCGCUGGCGCAGGCUCCCUUCCCCGGAGCUGGCCCAGAACCAUGGAGAGUCUGAGCGAACUGCAGAAUCCUCUGCUGCCUCAGAGCCCCGCCCCGCUCCAUGGCCCCUACCCCUACCGCGAGGCUUCGCCCAGCUGGUCAUGCCAAGAGAAGCUUUACUCCUACCUCCUGGGUGCUGCUGGCUCCGCUCGCCCCCACCAGCUCCUGGACCCGGGGUCCCUGCAGCUGGCCGUGGAGGCCUGGUACAGGCCCAGCUGCCUCCUGGGGAGGGACAAGGUCAAGGAACCCAGAGCAAGCAGCUGUGAGACCAGCUUCACAGAGAACAGGGAGCUCCAGGCUGGGCCCGCAGAGCGGUCCACAGAAGCGGACCAAGAGGAAGAGGAUAUCACCAUCCAGACGGUGUCCUACGGGGUUCAGGAGGAGCUGCAGGGCCAGGAGAACAACCAGGAGGAGGAGGAGAGUGAUAUGACCUCGACGGACAGUGAAAGUGAAGACAACUUCGUGGCGCUGCCCCCCAGGGACCACCUGGGCCUUACUAUCUUCUCCAUGCUCUGCUGCUUCUGGCCCCUGGGCAUUGCUGCCUUCUACUUCUCCCAGGGGGUAAGAGCAAGAGGGGCACAGGGCAUCUGCUCCAGCCCCUUCCCUCCACCGGAGGGCUUGACCAAAGAUGGGGGAGGAUGGGGAGGCCUUUGUGCAGGAGGGGGUUGGAGCCCAGUGGGCUGGGGCUACGUUGCCCGAGGUGGGGAUGCCCCUUUCACCAGCGCCUCUCUCUCCCUAGACCAGCAAGGCCAUCUCCAAGGGAGACUUCCGCCUGGCCAGUACCACCUCCCGCAGGGCCCUCUUCCUGGCCACACUCUCCAUCGCCGUGGGCGCCGGUCUCUAUGUGGCCGUGGUGGUGGCGCUGGCGGCUUACAUGUCCCAGAAUGGCCAUGGCUAGUGGCCAGGAGGGCCUGGCAUCCUGACGCCCCGGCUCCGUCUGAAGAGACAAUGGGACUUGGGGUCACAGACCUUCAGGAGCACCAGGGCCCCUCAAGACAACCCGCCACCCCAGCUUGUGGGGGAGGCCUCCCAGGCUGCAACCUGCAGGGCUCCGCUGUCCCUUCUCGUCCCUGGCCCCCCGGCCCCAGAGCAAAGCCAAGGCCACCACCCGCUAGCCCAGGCUAUGUCAGGAAGCAGGAGAGAGUAGGGCUGCCCACCAAGACAUCCAGGCAGGACCUACGUCUGGCUUGA